AAAUUCAGAAUUUACCAUUUCUUUGCUAAUUUAACAGGGGGAGCAUUUUACACUCCAGAAACUAUCGAUACAGCUAGGCUGCAUUACCGAAACUCCUGGGCUCCCAUACUGCAUGCAGUAGCGCUUUGGCUCAACAGUACAGGAUUUAAUGCUUCAGAGUCAACAGAAGAGACUGCUGCAGCAAUACCCAGUUCACAAAAACGUGCUACAUCCAUUAUGUUAAACCAGACACCUGGAACUCCGCCUACGACUAAAUCCUUGCCAGAGAUAAACAAAGAUCGAAUGCAUUUAAUUUUGGGUGUUAGUAUACAGUUUCUGUGUUCCCCACGACCUGAAGAGCCUGUUGAACAUGUUACAUCUUGUUUGCAAGCACUUCAUACAUUAUUGGACUCCCCUUGUGCCAGAAUCCAUAUUGCAGAGGAUCAGCUCCUUGGUGUUGAACUCUUGAGUGUGCUUCACCGACUCCUGUUGACCUGGGAUCCUCCUUCAGUCCAGCUACUGGUUACAGGAGUUGUCCAGCAGAUAGUAAGAGCAGCUCAAGAUUAUUUACAGGAAAAAAGGAACACUCUAAAUGAAGAGGAUAUUGAGGAAAAAGAAAAUCCUCUUGUUUUAGGGGAGGGAGGCGAGAGUGGUGGUCUCGUGCCUGGAAAAUCUUUAGUCUUUGCAGCCAUGGAAUUGCUCAUGUUUAUCUUGGUACGGCACAUGCCCCACCUGAGUUCAAAAGUUUCAGAUUCUCCAAGUCACAUUGCUGCCAAAUCCCACCUCUCUGAGGAAAGCGCUCGUCUUGUGGCCGCCACCGUUACUAUACUGUCUGACCUGCCUUCUCUGUGCUCUCCAGCAGGAUGUAUGACAGUCUUGCCCACUAUCCUGUUUCUGAUUACAAGAGUACUGAAAGAAACAGCAGUAAAAUCAGCUGAUAAUCAGGUCCCACCUCCAGUCAGUGCAGCCCUUCAAGGGAUAAAAACUAUUGUUACUCUUCCAACAGUCAAGACUGAUGAAACUCAGAAACAAUGGACAGGUCUGAUCCGCAGCACUCUGGCAUCUAUCUUGGAAUACUCUCAACCUG